AUGAAAGGUUUAAAUUAUAAAAGCACAUAAACUUAUAGUUACUAAAAAUCAAAUGAAGAAAUGAGAAGAAUAUUAGAAUGUGAUGGAUAUUAGAAUCUCAAAUUAAAUGAGUAUUAAAAGAUUAUUGAAUAUACAAUUGAUAAUUCAAUGUAAAUCAAAUUAAGUUUAUUACUUUAUUUAUAAGUAACCACAUUUAUAUAUUAUAUAGGAAAUUGAAUUUAUACGAUUAAGUAUUGCUUAAAAUAUUCAAUUAUGUUUAGAUAUUUUAAUGAAAUACAAAUAACUCAAAGAAUUAAAUAUUUAACAUAAUUAUUUAAAUUCUGAUAGAAUUAUAUUAAAUAUAACAGAUAGAUAAUCAUAAAUUACAAUAUUACCACAAAAACUUAAUUAUACAAUACAUUUUGUAGGAUAUGAUUGUCCUUUUUAUGAAAGACCUGAUUAUAUUAAUACAUUCAAAAAUGAUGAUUAAUCUAUUAAAGAAAUCAUUAUUAACAUUUUGUAAUUCAAUAAAAGGG